AUGUCUUUAUCAUUUAUUUUUCGUCGUAUGGCAUUAUUACAGCAGCCUCAUGUCUAUUCAUUUUCUACUUCAGCUACACUUUUUAAAGGUAAAAAUACAGGUGGUAGCCAAACAAAAGCAUCAAAACAUCUUUUAUCUGAUGCUGAUCUAUCUGCAUCGUCCAGUGAUUGGCCAUCAUUAAAAGCACAAUAUGAUAAAUUACUUGUUGAACUUCAUGAACUUUAUUCAAAACAAAUACAAUUACGAACAUCACCAUUAGCAUUUGAAGAAUUAUCUGUUAUACUUCCACCGAAUAAUAAAGCACAUCAAUUAAAAGAAUUAACACAAAUAAUUCAAAAAUCACCACAAAUGUUUAUGAUUGAUAUGACACGUCAUGCACAAUAUAUACCAAAUGUUCUUGAAGCUAUACAUAAAUCUGGUCUUAAUGUUAAUCCACAACAAGAUGGAACAACACUUUAUUUACCAACUCCGAAAGUAACACGUGAACAUCGUGAAGAAUUAGCAAAAAAUGCAAAAAAAUUAGCUGAUCAAAUUAUUGUUAAAAUGCGAGAAGCUUAUUCAAAAGCACAUCGAAAUUUAAAAAAACAAGACAAAACUUUAAGUCGUGAUUUAGUUGUUGAUUUAGAUGCUAAUUUAAAAAAUCGUCUUGAUAGUUAUAUUGCACAAGUUGAAAAAAUUCGUACGCAAAAACAAAAAGAAUUAUUAGAUUCAACGUUUUGA